UUUCUUUGAUAUUCUUGAUGGCUGAACCAUCUAAUCCACACAAUGUGGAGGGUGAAAACCCAGAACAGCCGGUAGCAGCGGCUGAUGAGGACGAGGAUGAUGACGUUGACGUUCCCGGUGGUGGGUUACCGGCGUUGAAGUGGUCAAAGAGUGGUUUUACACUCUUGAAGGCCACUGUGCAGAUGGCCGACAAAUGGGAUGCUACCUACCCACAAGAGGGGGACACCGGUGCCGAUGCUCCGGCCGGUUAUAUAACCUUGUGGGCUGAUUUUUUCAACGACGGCAACCUUAGGUUGCCGGUGACGGUGUUUGUUGCGGAGGUAUUGGAGUAUUAUCAUCUCCAUAUCUCCCAACUUAGUCCCUUUGGAAUGUUCCGAAUUAGGAACUUUGAAUAUACAUUCCGUGCCCAUGGCUUGCCCGUUACAGUGGAAAAUUUCCGACGGUUCUACCAGUUGACGGUGAACACCGGUUUUUUCUCGUUUACUCAACGGCAUGGGAGCUUGAAGUUGAUGACGCCUCCUAAAGGUGUGACAGGCUGGAAGAAGAGGUUCUUCUAUGUGAAAGCCUGUGCGGUCUACGCCAGCAUGUCUUUCAGGAAUGUCAACGUUGGAGUUUCUGAUGAAGAUAUUCCUGUUGCUACCGCAAAGACCGUGGACUGGUUCUCUAGGCUGCGGCCUAUUGAACUCAAGAAGUUGGAUAACAAUCAACUGUGGGUACUGCGUAUGAUGCUCACGAGGCCAGAUAGGAAGGCAAGGCCCGUUUUGCGGGAAAAGGGUGGUGGUAAGCUCUUUACACUUUGUUAUUUUCCUUACUUCCUAAGGCUUGCAUUAACCUGCAUGCAUGUAUCAGCGGAUGCGGUUGGCUUGUGGAGGAUGUUUGAGCCCGAUUUCGAGGGCCGGGUUGAACUUAUUGCGGUUGAGCUGAAGAAAGGCUUCAACCUUGAAAUUCUUAGCAACUUCCGCGUACCGUCGCGUGCGGUGCUGGAUGCCCCGGUGGCGGGAGACGCAAGAGGUAUGUCGUACGUGGCAUUAGUUUUUUCAGUUUAUCUUUUUGACUGGUUUUGUUGAUUGUGUCAAUCCAGGUAUCCUUGCGGAUUUGGGGAAGUUUGAGAAACGCAUCCCCAAAAAGACUGUGGAGAAGAAAACGGUGAAGAAAACCGUGCGGGGUCGUGGCAAGGGGAGUUCUGAAGGCUCAGUUGCCCCUUCUUCAGUUGCUGAAGCCGCAGGUACCUCUCGAUCUUGUUAUCGGGGAUAUACCGAUUACGUGGUAGUAUCUGACACCCUUGAGGGUUUGGGUGUUAUAGGUAGUGGUGCGGCUGCGGGUGGAACUGCUGUGGUUCCCCCCGUUGUUGGUGAGAAAAGAGGACCAGAGCAGAAGGCUGCUGGUGGUGGUGAACCGAAGCGUCGGAGACUGCAGACCAAGAGAGUUGCUCCGGUGCAAAAGAAACCUGCAGUUGCUGCUGAAUCCCGAGAUGCAGGGUAUUCUUUCUUUGACUUCCCUUCGUCUCCUCUGCAUACCGCUGCUGCGGGUGCGGGGGUAUCGAAGGAGACUGUCGUGCCCAAGGAGCCUACGGCCCCUUUUGUUGGGACGGUUCGCGAUCCCCCCUUGGAGAAAACGGUGGAAACGACUGCUGACCAGAUAUUCGACACUGUGGAUUCCUCAGACAAUCUGAUCUCUCCUAAUGAGGGUGAUGGAUUGGACUUGAGGUUUUCAGAUACUGGUAAGCAGAAGUCUGAUG